AGUGUGAGAGAGACAGACAGAGAGAGGGAGAGACAGAGAGAGAGAGAGAGAGAGAGACUGAGAGAGAGUGAGUGGGUGAGAGAGAGAGAGAGAGAGAGAGAGAGAGAGGUCGCUCGCUGGUCGUCAUGGCGAAGAACACGAUGUGGUCGCGGUUCCGGGGCCUGGACAUCGACCAGUACGAUGAGAACCGGUUUGUGGAUGAGAACGAGGACGCCGGCGAGCAGCAAGGGCCAGACGGCGCCGAGGUGGACGCACUCAUCAGGCAAGGAGACAUGAUGACGGCGUUCCACGUGGCUCUGAAGAACCCGCCCAUCAACUCCAAAAACCCAGCGGUGAAGGAACGUGCCCAGGCCGUGGUAAUGCGUGUUCUCACCUCCUUUAAGAGUAGUGAUAUUGAGCCGGCUGUGAAGUCUCUGGAUAAGAACGGAGUGGAUCUGUUGAUGAAGUACGUCUACAGAGGGUUCGAGAAGCCGUCAGAUAACAGCAGCGCCAUCCUGCUGCAGUGGCAUGAAAAGGCGUUUGCGGUCGGAGGUUUGGGUUCCAUCGUGCGGGUCCUGACGGCCCGGAAAUCUGUGUGAAAAGAAUUAAAUGUAAACAUAAUAUAAACCCAGAGCCACGGGAUCGAUCCGUUUUCUUUUCCUUUUCUCCUCUUAAACACGGACAGAUCACAUUAAAUCACGCGGCGAUCCCGAGCGGCUCCCUCUCACUCGCACACACUACAAACGAACAGUGUAUUUUAUUUAAUAACGAUCAGAGGAGUGUUGUGUUGUAUUUAUUGUACAUUAUUAAAUCACCUUAAUAUUUAGCGCCUGGAAACGACGAGAACGAUGAGACUCCAGGCUGUUAAACUCGGACGGAUUUCGGCCUGCGCUGUCUUUCGGAUACAGGAUUUUUUUCUUUUUGUACAGAAAGAGGAUUAAUAUAUGGUGUGGGGGUGGUGUGGAGGUGAUCACACGUGUCCCGACUGUCACGGGUCACGGGCGUCGAGGGGGUGGGGCUUAAAUGCUGAUUACGUUAUAGACCGUACUAAUAGCUAACGCCGUACAAUAUACUGAGGCUAACUGUAUAAAAAUAUAUAUAUAUAACUUAUUAUAUUAAGAUGUUUGUGACCGGAUUAUCAUUUUUAAUCAUUGCCCCACAAAGACGCCCGAGGCUUCGGACACACGAGUACAUUUGUGUGUGUGUGGUGGGGGUGGGGGGUAAUAUGUGAAGUGCCUGGUGCAAUAAAGAUCACAAAUGAACUGUU